UUCCUCCUGUGUGACGUCAUCGAGGUGUUCUCAACCGCGGAACAAAUGUUGGCCCAGCACGUGUUUCACUGGGACAAUAGUGAGUGGCGCACACUUCCUUCGCCCGGCCACAGAAGACAAAAAAGAGUUGCUGGUGUAACAAUAGGAAGAAUAUAUUCCACUCCUCUCUUGUACACGCGGCUUAUGAGAUGAACGCUCGUCAAGAAGAACGUCCCCUUCAGCAGCAGGAGGAUCCACAGCCCCCCCACAUUAAAGAUGAAGAGGAGGAAGUGUGGAUCAGUCAGGAGGGAGAGUGUCCUGUAGGGCGGGUGGAGGCUGAUGUCAGCAAGUUUCCACUGACUGUUGUCUCUGUGAAGACUGAAGAGCAUGAAGACAAACCACCUGAGUCCUCACAGCUUCAUCACAGUCCAAACGUCCAGCAGGUGUCAGCAGAGAGUCAUGAAGAGAUUCCCUCCAAACAGCAGGAGUGGAGCUCCAGUGUGGGACAGAAGGAGCUACAGGACCCCUCCCACAUUAAAGAGGAAGAGGAGGAACUGUGGGAGCAGCUUCAAAGGUUGGUGAAGGAUAAUGAUGAAGCUGAAGCUCAGUCCUUACAGCUUCAUCACAGUCAAAGUGAGGAGAACAGAGGGGCGGAGCUUGUAAGUCAACACAUCACAGAAGCUGAUGGAGAGCAUUGUGAAGAUAUAAAGUCAGAACCAGACAGCAUCUUUGCUCCACUGUCAGACAUGGACCACAUGAUGUCACACUCUUCUGAUCACAGUGACCACAUCCAAAAACCUUUGGAGAGUAAAAAUGACUCUAAAGGUGAUACGAGACAUCACACUAACAACAAACACUUUGACUGCUCUGAAUGUGGGAAAUCAUUUAGACACAAGAGUUGUAUUAAAAUACACAUGAGAAUACAUACUGGAGAGAAACCUUUUACUUGCUCUGUUUGUAAGAAGAGUUUUUCCAUUAAGCCUGCCAUGACCAGACACAUGAGAACACACACUGGAGAGAAACCUUUUACUUGCUCUGUUUGUAAGAAUAAUUUCUCCAGAAAGUCUAACAUGUCCUCACACAUGAGAACACAUACUGGAGAGAAACCUUUGACUUGUUCUGUUUGUAAGAAGCGUUUCUCCACAACGCAACAUAUGAUCACACACAUUAGAACACAUACUGGAGAGAAACCUUUUACUUGCUCUGUUUGUAAGAAGUGUUUCUCCAGAAAGCCUGACAUCUCCAUACACAUGAGAACACACACUGGAGAGAAACCUUUUACUUGUUCUGUUUGUAAGAAGAGUUUCUCCACAAAGUCUAACAUGUCCUCACACAUGAAAACACAUACUGGAGAGAAACCUUUGACUUGCUCUGUUUGUAAGAAGCAUUUCUCCACAACGCAACAUAUGAUCUCACACAUGAGAACACAUACUGGAGAGAAACCUUUUACUUGCUCUGUUUGUAAGAAGUGUUUCUCCAGAAAGCCUGACAUCUCCAUACACAUGAGAACACACACUGGAGAGAAACCUUUUACUUGUUCUGUUUGUAAGAAGAGUUUCUCCACAAAGCCUAAGAUGCCCGCACACAUGAGAACACAUACUGGAGAGAAACCUUUUACUUGCCCUGUUUGUAAGAAGCAUUUCUCCACAAAUCUUGUCAUGACCAGACACAUGAGAACACACACUGGAGAAAAAACAUUUAGUUGCACUGUGUGUGAUAAGAUGUUCCGGCAUAAGUGUCAGGACAGUAAACACAAUGCCGAGUUGUUUGUGGGCGAGGAACGACAGGCAUGGGCUAAUUCUGGUGCUGUUUUCCGGGACGGAGCCGGGUUUGGCCCUGACGCCUGA